CAAAGGAGGAGGACUACCGUAUAUAUUGACCUUGAAUUUGGGGAAAGGAACAGAGCGAGCCAUUGCAAGAAAGCUUCAAAGAAGAAACUGGUCUACAGACAGAGACUAACCUAAAAAGCAUCAUGAAGACUCUGACUCUCCUCUUCAUCUCUGCCCUCCUGACAGUGUGCUGGUCCAUGGGAGGUAAGGACAAACUCAAGUUAUCUUCGUCAGUGUAAGCAGCCACAGUAAGAAUAACAAACAUUUUCUGUGAUUCUCAGCUGUCGAACCAGAGGUGAUCGUAGACCCCGAGGCCGACACAGCGGUGGAAGCUGCACCUGCAGACCCAGCAAGUGGUGCAUCUGAAUCAUCCUCCGAAUCUGCUUCUUCCUCUGAGUCCGCCUCAUCCUCAGAAUCAGCAUCUGACUCCAACUCUUCCUCAGACUCUUCAGCAUCUGACUCUGACUCAGACUCGUCAGCCUCUUCUUCCUCCUCUUCUUCUUCCUCCUCCUCCUCCUCAGAGUCAUCUGAGUCGACUGAGUCUUCUGAAUCUUCUGCCUCUGACUCUUCAGCCUCCGAUUCAUCUUCUUCCUCUUCCUCCUCAUCAUCCUCAUCAGAAUCAGCCAGUACUGAGGGUAUGUUAUGUUUUUCUGUCACCACAAAUAUCUUCACAUGCUGUUCAGAAUCGCUUUGAACGCACUUUUGUGUUAAUGUUAAGCAAAAAGUUACAUGGAGGUCUGUUCUUGCGAUUAUGUCUCCACAGAACCUCAGGUGGUCGUGAAAAGAGACCUUGCAUCAAUCCUCCUGAGGAGAAAAAGACAGGCCACAGAGCUCACACCUCUGCAGCUGGAACGGUACUAUUUACUUUUACAGAUAAAAUAAACUCGAAUUAGAGUGCAUGACAAUGAUUUCAUCAGAUAUUGUUUGUCCAGUCAGUAAAAGUAUUUAAUUAGGUGGUUUAUGCUACAGAUAAAGUGGUUCAAGUUUUAUUCUGGUGUAUGAUACAUAACUCAAAUGAACAUAAAGUGACAUGCUUUUCACUUCCAUGAGUAUUUCAAAGCUUUCUGACUCUUUUUCUCCGCAUUGCCUCCUAGUCUGAGUGAGGUGUGUGAGACAAACGUGGCCUGUGAUGAGAUGGCUGACGCUCAGGGCAUCGUUGCAGCGUACACCGCCUACUACGGACCUAUCAACGUCUAAACUCUAAAGCCUUUUUUUAUUUUUAUUUUCUUUCUCUUCGAACUGUUCUCUCUGUUUUCUCUUAGAACAACCCCCUCUGAAUUCAGACAAGGAGCAAACAAUUGCUAAAAAGAAAAAGAAAAAACGUUUGGUCCGUGUUUGGUGCUAGAUGGAGAUUCAGUGAGGUCCGAAUCCUUGCACAAGUGACCAACUGUACCGGUCCUACAUGAAAAAAGGCCUCAUGCAGGUAAACAGAGAAAGGCACAUGGAAACCCAAGCCUGUGAAAUAUGAAGUAGCCCAAACUAUAAAAAAUAAAUAAUUCUCCACAUUCAUCAUAUUGUUUUAUAAAUGGUGCUACAAGUGCAGAUGUAUUGUAUUUUAAUGUAUUGAUGUUUUUUAUAUAUAUAUAUAUAUAUAUAAAUUGUGCUUUACUGUUGCUUUGGCUUUAAGUAGAAGUUUUUGUAAGUAGUGGAUGUAGUGCUGUAGUUAAGAGUUAGUGUACUGAUAGCUUUAGUUGUAAUGUACAGUGUGUAAAAUGCACAUUAGUUAUCUGAAAUGACUGUAACCACAAAUUGCCUCUGGGUUUGACAAAAAUAAAUUAUUUUCUAAAUGA